GAGCUUCUUUACCGCCGCGAUCACCACCGGCGGCUUCAUUUUACUGGUUACUGUUUCUCCUUCUCCUUCUUCUUCUCUGUUUUCCGCAGAGAACUUUUCUGAGUGUAGUUAUUGAUUGCCACAAAUUACCAUAUUGGGAAGCAGAAGCUUUCUUGAUUUCCAUUCCAUAUAGUUGUAAACAUUCACAAUGGAUAAGAGAUACAACACUCAAAAUUGGGUUGGGAAUAUGUAUCAGAGGUUUGAGGCUGUGUGCCAGGAGGUUGAUGAAUUUGUACACCAGGACAAGGUUAAAUAUGUUGAAAGCCACAUGCAAACUGUUGGUGAGAGUGUGAAGAAAUUCUAUUCUGGUGUUGUGCAAGACAUUCUUCCUCCGUUGGCAGAUCCUGUACAGCAUGUGGCACAAUUGAUACCUUCAAAACGGAUUGAUUUGGUUGAGACCUACACAAGUACAGUUGUAGGCAUUAAAGAAAAUACUGUUGAUAGUAACACAAAUAAAUCAGAUAACGCUGCUUUGGUUCCUACUGAAAAAUGCCACAAACCAUCAUCUACUGGCCUUUGCCAUUCAGUGCAAAUUAGUGGUGAAAUUAGUGGAUAUCCCAUUGGUGAAGCAGAUGCAAACUCAUUUUUUCAGCAAGAAGGUGAUAAUAAUAUUAAUAAGACUUCAGCUAAGACCAUUCAAGUUCAUCUAAACUCUUCUACAAGUAGUCAAGAAGAUUUUGUGGUGGACCGAUCCCUAUGUACAGAUUUAAGUUCUUCUAAAGAUCAUAAGGAUUCAUCUGAAGCAAUUAUAAGAAUUAGAUGCAGUGAUGAAAAGUGUGAUGAUGAUCAUUCUGUCAAGAUCACACGGCAAUCUUCAGAGGAUCAUCUUGAUAACAAAUCUUUUGAGGAAGAGGGGAUUCUUUGUAACAUGAGUUCAAAGAUUGAUGCUUCAGUAUUUGAAGAUGCAGAUUGGGGUAUUGAAAAUAUUUUCGAUCUUAAUUUGGGCAUUGACGAAAAGAUCAAUGGUGGGCCAUCCCCGCCAUGCCCACGCCCAUCCGAGGAUGUAAAUAGUUCAGCAGAUAAGAUUUUGUUUCCCUCUGUUGAAGAAAAGUCUGAGAAGGUUUCUAUGGAAACUUUAGUUAGUGGUUUGGGAAUCAGUUGCUCCCAAGAAAAGAUGACACUUCUGAACAGCUCCAUUGAUGAAUUUGAAAGUGAUUCGAAUACUUCAUCUGACUUCAAAAGUUCAAUUAUGUGGGAUGAGAAUAAAGAGGAGAAGGACUGUCAUAUCUUUGCCGGUGAUCUUUUACCUGAAAAAUUGUAUGAUUCUUCAAGCGAACAUGACCGAUGCAAUCUUGCUCCAUUUGAACCUUCUGUGUUUUGCUCCAAAAUUGGAGAAGCAGAAGGCUCCAUGGUUGACGACGUUGAAGACCUUAACAUGCAGGCCAUUGAUUUAUCUGAUAAAAAGCAGGUAGCUGGAAGCUGCGGUAGUGCUGAGGACAAAAACCUACUAGCUUUUUCGUUUGGAUCAAAAAGAAGCAAGUCUUACAAGAAAAUGAUACAAGAUGCUUUCAUGUCGAGAAAGAGGUUGACAAAGGAGUAUAAGCAGCUGGUAAUUUGGUAUGGAGAUAUCGAGAAAGAAUUCAGCGAACCAACAGAAGCAUCCAACAUGGGCGCUACACCAAAAUCCCCAGCUCGAGAUUUAUGCGACUCUGAAUGGGAGAUCUUGUAGAUAAUUUUGCCCUCUAAAUUAUGAUCCAAAGCAAACAGAUUAUAAAGGCUUCGUAUUUCUGCAGGUAAAGGUGAGAUAAGUGUCGUUUAGUGUUAGUAAUUAUCGUUGGGAUGCUUCUUCUUUGCAUACGAAUACGGAAUUCUUAUUAGUUUUGAUGGUUUCAUCUGGGAAUUUUCUGAGCAAAAACUUGGAUCUUCGAAUUUAUGAGUAAAAAGUACACAAAUUCUAGUCUAA